UCGACCUCGCGAAGAUCGAAGAGCAGCUGGCCCCUGCAUACGAAGAACCGAGUCAAGCACCAGUAAACGAGCACCGAUGGGAAGACAUGGAAGAACCUCCGUCCGAGGAAGCGCUGGAUUCGGCUCGCCAUUGCUGCUCUCGCUUCUGCUGUUGCCGUUGCUUCCUUCGAUUUGCGUCGCCUACAGGCCGGGCGACAUCGUUCCCAUGGCUAGGAUGGGACAGUACCACUCCUACAGGUCGCCGUGGCAAGACGUGAUCGGCCGCCACUGCCCUAUAUUUGCCGUUAAUCGCGAGGUAUUGGUUCCAAUUCCGAGACCGGAGGGUUUUACGAACGCUGAUCCUUACAAAGUAUCAUUCCAAGUUGGAAGAGAGAAGUUUCUAGUCCCGUGGCUUUUUCUUAUAAAUCGCAGCGGUAAAGAGGUGCCGAUGAUUGAUGUGCAUUUGAGAUACUCGGGAAGUGAUUUGCUUGGUGUGACAGCCAAAGUCGUGGACAUGCCUCACCAUUAUGUUGAAAUUCAUCCUGACAUCCAGAAAAAAUUUUGGGAUGUCAAUAGUUGGCCAAAACAUGUGCUCGUCAGAUACUCGUGGGAGGAGCUGUCAGAGAUUGAUGUGACUUCUGGAUUUUAUGUUUUGUUCGGAUCAGGACUCAUCCUUUCUUUCAUACUCUCAAUCUACGUCUUGCAAUCAUCCAAGGAAAAACUAGCGAGGUUUGUCAAAGAAACUGUUGCAGAGAGCAGCAUGCCUGUCGACGGAGUGGCAAAAGUUGAGUGACAAAUUGUUGGAAUGUUAGGGAAAGGGGAUCUGUGUUUUAACAGACAAAAAGCUUAACCUGCAGGAUUUUUUGUCUACAGUCUCUACAUGGCCAGAAAGAUGUGAGCUAUACCUGUAUUUACGUACUGGCUUGUGUUGGCCAAAUUCAUACGGUGCCUCUUAAGAAUGUUCAAAUUGCAUCCCUCCUUGAGCCUGUGAGCAUAGCCCAUAUACAGUUCUCUAUGAAAAUGUUCACCCGUAGUUACUAUUGGACAUUGUUUCUUUAUUCCGAUAGCUGGCUUUGAUUUACAGUUCUUGGACUUUUUUAGUAGAAGUUACUUUACGUUGAGACUGAGAAUUAGCUUAUGUUAAGUCUGCAUGUGUUGCAAACUUCCAAUGAUAUUGAUUAUUGAACUCAUUGAAGAUCUUUGGAUUGUUUUA